AUAAACAAAAAUUUACAACUUUUGGAAAAAAUUAAAAAUACAAACAUUUAAAGGCAAUGAUUUUCUUUAGAGGUUCGUCGCAUCAGUGCGUCAAGUCCUUGGCACCAAAUGUGAGCAAAAUAUGUAUGCGGUGGAACAGCAGUAAAUGCGAUACGAAGGGUGGCAAAGGCGGUAAAGCAGAUCUUCGUUCAGUUCUCGCCGAGAAAAUCAAAUCCGAACAAGAACGACUCAAGAAGUUUGUCAAAGAGCAUGGUAACACCAAAUUAGGCGAAGUUAAGAUAUCACAAAUUUACGGUGGUAUGCGUGGUAUACCAGCAUUACUUUGCGAAACUUCGUUACUGGAUCCCAAUGAAGGUAUACGUUUCCGAGGUUUCAGCAUACCAGAAUGUCAAAAACAAAUGCCAAAGGCUGAGUGUGGCGACGAACCCUUGCCAGAGGGCAUCUUUUGGUUAUUACUGACAGGUAAUAUACCCACUGCAGAACAGACAAAAAUGGUGACCGACGAAUGGAAUGCAAAGGCCGCACUGCCGGAUUAUGUUAAAAAAAUGUUGGAUAAUUUACCAAAAGAUCUGCAUCCAAUGUCACAGUUGUCAAUGGCCGUCACGUCGCUCAACAAAGAUAGUAAAUUCUUAAAAGCCUACCAUUCCGGCGUAAAGCGUGCUGAAUUCUGGAAAUAUUCGCUGGAAGACGGCAUAACCCUACUUGCCAAAUUGCCAAAUAUAGCGGCGCGAAUUUAUCGAAACAUCUAUCUUGACGGCAAGGGCUGCGAUGAGAUCGAUAAGAAGCUGGAUUGGUCGGCCAACUAUGGCCGCAUGCUAGGCUUCGACGAUCCAUUCUUCUACGAACUUUUACGUCUAUAUCUGUUCUUACAUAGCGAUCACGAUUCGGGCAAUGUUUCAUCACAUACCACCCACUUAGUGGCGUCGGCAUUAAGUGAUCCGUUUCUUGCAUUUGGAGCCGGUUUAAGCGGCUUAGCCGGUCCACUACAUGGGUUGGCCAAUCAAGAAGUAUUAGAUUGGAUUGGAAAAAUGCAAAAAGAAUUGGGUAGUAAAAAUCCACCGGAGGACAAAGUCAAAGAAUAUGUACAGAAAACGUUGAAAUCAGGCCAUGUGAUACCCGGUUACGGGCAUGCGGUUUUGCGUAAGACUGAUCCACGCUAUAUGGCGCUGCAAGCAUUCGGCGAAAGGUAUUUGCCGAAAUACGAAACCUAUCUGUUGGUGAAGACAAUUUACAAAGUGGUGCCACCCAUUCUGCAAUCAAUGCAGAAAAUUAAAAAUCCCUGGGCAAAUGUGGAUGCCCAUUCCGGUGUCUUGUUGCGCUACUACGGCCUGAAGGAAAUGGAAUACUAUACGGUGCUGUUUGGGGUUUCACGCGCAAUUGGUGUGUUAUCAUCCAUAACCUGGCAUCGGGCCCUACAAAUACCCAUUGAACGACCGAAGAGCUUCACCAGCGAUGCACUAAUGAAGUUUGUGAAAGGAAAAUCAGGUAGUAAAAGCAAAUGCGAUGGCAAAGGUGAUAAAAAAUAG